AUGCCUUCCCAAGUUACCGACAUCAAGCAGUUCAUCGAGAUCUGCCGCCGCAAGGACGCUUCCUCUGCCCGUGUCAAGAAGACCUCUGCCCAGCAGAUCAAGUUCAAGGUCCGCUGCAACCGUUACCUCUACACCCUCGUCCUCAAGGACCAGGACAAGGCCGAGAAGCUGAAGCAGUCUCUUCCCCCAAGCCUUACCAUCUCUGACGUCCCCAAGAAGAACCAGAAGGGCAAGCGCGUCGCCAAGUAA